CAAAAUGACAGCGGAAAAGACCGCAGAGGACUAUCUGGAGGAGCUCAUACAACAGCAUGCUGCAGGUGAGCAAAGAUCCAACCACUCACAAUGGCUGAAUUCCGUUGAUGCGUGUCAGGUUCUUGUCUGUCAGGCUCCUGCUUCCUGUUCCCCGUCGGGGCUGGCGUGUUCUUCGCCUUCUUCUUUGCCGUCGGCGGGAGUGCUGGUUGGAUGCACAGCUCGAUUGAGGGACCGGCAAGCGUCUUCUUCGAGGUGGCCGGGGCGGCCCUGGGCUCCUUCGCGGCCGUGACCACCAACACCGAUGCGCCACACAAGAGGGUCGGCCUCUUCCUCGUCAUUGCGGCCGCGGCCAUCCUCGUCAAGGCGUGUGUGUUCCUCUUUCUGCCGGCUGAGUUGAGCAACAUAGUCAUGUCGGCAUUCUGCGUCGGCACAGGUGAGCAGAUUCAGUGGCGGGGGCAGGUGGCCAUUCAGCUUGUUUGUCGCUGGCUGCCUUUGUUCAGUUGCUGGUAUGGUGGCUUGGCUGUGGGAGCACGUGGUCACGCCCCAUAUGAAGCGGCGGGCUGCCUCGGCCAAAGCUUACGCUAGUGGGAAGUUUGUGGUGUGACAGCAUGGAUUAAUG